CAAAAGAAAGAAGGAAUCCUUCUCUCUUUCUGUGCACUCCUAUUCGGUUACAGUGGCAACGUGCGCGUGGUAUUCUAUCGUGCACGCGAAGCAGAGACAAAAGUAGAGAAGAAGAAGACGCAGAGAAGCUAAAUCGGGAGUGGCGCAUUAUAGCAGUCCGCCAUAUCCUUCGGUGUCGCUUAUCCUCUCCGAUUACAUCGGUCUCUUCUCUUCUUCCGAAUCGAUGGCUGCUCCACCGGCUAGGGCCAGAGCCGAUUACGACUAUCUCAUAAAGCUUCUUUUGAUUGGAGAUAGCGGUGUCGGUAAAAGUUGCCUCCUCCUACGAUUCUCGGAUGGCUCAUUCACCACUAGCUUCAUUACCACCAUUGGCAUUGACUUUAAGAUAAGAACCAUUGAGCUUGAUGGCAAACGUAUCAAGCUCCAGAUUUGGGACACUGCUGGUCAAGAACGUUUCCGCACCAUCACCACUGCUUAUUACCGUGGGGCAAUGGGCAUUUUACUAGUGUAUGAUGUCACAGACGAGUCCUCCUUCAACAACAUAAGGAACUGGAUUCGGAAUAUCGAACAGCACGCUUCAGAUAAUGUUAACAAAAUCUUGGUAGGAAACAAGGCUGACAUGGACGAAAGCAAGAGGGCUGUACCUACAGCCAAAGGUCAGGCGCUUGCUGAUGAGUACGGAAUUAAGUUCUUCGAAACUAGUGCCAAGACAAACCUAAACGUGGAAGAAGUUUUCUUCUCCAUUGGCAAGGACAUAAAACAGAGGCUUUCUGACACUGACUCCAGGGCUGAGCCUGCCACGAUCAAGAUAAGCCAAACGGACCAGGCAUCUGGAGCCGGGCAAGCCACCCAGAAGUCUGCAUGUUGUGGAAGUUAAUAAAGUUUUGAAAUUGAAGUGGAAACUUAAGAUUUCGUGAGGUGCUUGUGUAAUUUUUAUUUCUGUUCCAACAUUCCUGGUUUCUUAAUUGCCUUUCUCUUUGUAUGAAGGUUUAAUUGAAACUUGUAUUCUUCUUUUAUUCAUACAUUGUUAUGUUAGUCAUCUAUUAUCUU